UUGAGUGAAAACCCUGAUGGUCUGGCUCAGGUCACUUACUUGGAAAAGAAGGUGACAGAGUUGGAGAGUGACAGUCUGGCCAAUGGGGACCUCAAGCUGAAGCUCAAACAGGAGAACACCCAUCUUGUUCACAGGGUGCAUGAGCUGGAGGAGCAGGUGAGGGAUGCAGAGACAAAGGCUGUGGAGGGAGUGGAAGAGGAAAUGAAGCGGUACCGGGAGGCUUACAGCAAAGUGGAGAGAGACAGGAACACGGAGAUAGAACUGCUCUGCAACAGGGUGCAGCAGCUGGAGGAGGAGAACGGAGAGAUGACGCUAAACGUGUGCAGACUCAAGUCUCAGACAGAGAAACUUGACCAGGACAAGCAGAGAAUGACAGACAAGCUGGAGGACACCAGCGUGAGGCUGAAAGACGAGAUGGACCUGUACAGGAAGAUCAUGGACAAGCUGUGGCAGAACCGCCAUGAGUUUCAGAAGGAGAAGGAAUCCAUGCAGGAGCUGAUUGACGAUCUCCGCCGGGAGCUGGAAUACCUGCAGUUGUUCAAGUUGGAAAUGGAGCAUCCUGGGAAAGGCAAGGGGCUGUCGGAGUACAACGCCAAGACAAGGGAGAUAGAAAUGGAGUAUGAGGUCAGGAGGCUGAAACAGGAGAACUUCAAGCUACGGGACCAGAACGAUGACCUGAACGCUCAGAUCCUCAGCCUCAGUUUGUACGAGGCUAAGAGCCUAUUUGGCUGUCAAAGCAAGGCCCAGUGCUUAGCAGCUGAGAUCGACAACGCCUCCAGAGACGAGCUGGUCGAUGCCCUGAAGGAGCAGGAGGAGAUCAACCUGCGUCUGAGGCAGUACAUGGACAAAAUCAUCCUGGCCAUUCUCGACCACAAUCCCUCCAUCCUGGAGAUUAAAACCUAA